UCCCGAGACCUUCCAGCAUCCACCCUGAGGACAGAAAAUGCAAGAAUCCGUGCUCACAGGUGUCAGUCUUGAGGAUAUUGCUGUUGAGGCUUCCGUCUAUCAAUGCUGCAAGUACACGGACGAAGCGUAUCGGAGUUCACAGCACCAGAACGCUAUCUUGAUUCUAUAUCAUUCAUACCAUUAAUCUUCAUACCCUUAUCGAUGAUGUCUCCAGAUACACCUGAAGAAGAUCCUAGAUCAGUCAUCUGGUUUGACAUUGAUAAUACACUAUAUUCUGCGAGCACCAAGAUUUCCCAAGCCAUGGGUCAGCGCAUCCAUGCCUACUUUGUCUCGCUUGGGUUCGAUGAGGACAAGGCCUCCGAUUUGCAUCAUACGUACUUCACUCAGUACGGACUUGCACUUCGUGGUCUAACGCGUCAUCAUGACAUAGAUCCCAUGGACUUUGAUCGAAAAUGUGAUGGAACACUUCCUCUCGAAAAUCUUAUUAGACCAGACCCAAAACUACGAAAGCUCUUUCAAGAUUUGGACAGAAGCAAAGUGCGUGUAUGGGCUUUGACGAAUGCAUACAAGAACCACGCACGACGAGUGAUCAAGAUAUUAGACCUAGAAGACCAGAUUGAGGGCCUUGUGUACUGCGAUUACGAGCAAACCGACUUUACUUGCAAACCGGAACCAGAAUAUUAUCAAAAUGCCAUGAAACAAGCGAAUAUUUCAGAUCCGUCUAAAUGUUACUUCAUUGACGAUAGCCACCUUAACGUCGCGGGUGCUAAAGAUCUUGGCUGGGGGCAUUGCGUACACUUCCACGAGGUCGGUUUGGAAACUGUUGAGGGCGGAAAGCUGAAGAAACUCGCUCGAGAUACCAAUACUAGUGACCCCGAUGGCAUCACGAAGAUCAGUGAUUUAGAGGAGCUAAGGACCGUCUGGCCUGACAUCUUUAUAAAAUAAACUUUCGCGCGAAACAACCUAAUGUACUAUGUUGUAUAGAUGUAUGAAUGUAAGUAACCAGUGUUAAACAAAUACAUGGAUCCAGGGAAAUACCAUGCUCCUUAGUACAGGGUCGAUAUCAAAGUUCAAAAUAACAUAACAGUUACAACUUGUGAUGCUUCAUUCACCUCCAAAAUUACACCGUCAUAACCGUACAAGCCUGUAACAAGCAGUUA